AUGGAGGAGGCUGCAUAUGAAUAUGAGAAAGGGCACAUCAAGAAGCUACAGGAGCAGCGCAUGAUUAUGCAGAAGAAGACAUUUACCAAAUGGAUGAACAACAUCUACAAGGAACAUGAUAAAAAGGUGAUUACAGAUAUCUACACUGAAUUACAAGACGGACUCUACUUAUUAGUUCUGUUGGAAUUAAUAUCUGGAGAACAGGUGCCCAAACCUGCUCGAGGUGUAAUGAGAGUGCAUUUCUUGGAAAACAAUAGCAAAGCUCUCACCUUUCUUAAAACCAAGAGGGUGCCGGUGAAGUUGAUUGGACCAGAAAACAUUGUAGAUGGAGACAGAACACUUAUUCUGGGACUUAUUUGGAUCAUUAUUCUUCGUUUCCAGAUUUCCUCCAUUACCCUGGAUAAGGAGGAGUUUGGAGCUAGUGCCGCUGCUUUGUCUGCAAAAGAAGCUCUUCUUAUUUGGUGUCAGCGAAAAACAGCCGGUUAUUCCAACGUUGAUGUACAGGACUUCUCUGGCAGCUGGAGGGAUGGUCUUGCGUUCAAUGCUCUUAUUCAUGCUCACAGGCCAGACCUUAUUGAUUACAAUUCCUUAAAGAAGACUCAGCCAAUAUCUAACUUAAACAACGCAUUUAACGUAGCCGAGUCCAAGCUGGGUAUUUCAAAGCUCUUGGAUGCAGAAGAUGUAGCUAUCCCACAUCCUGAUGAGAGAUCCAUUAUGACAUAUGUGUCUCUGUACUACCACUAUUUCUCCAAGAUGAGACAGGGCCAAACUGGACAGAAGAGGAUCGGAAACAGAUGCUCAUGUGAUUCAUCUUUUGGCAGAUAG